AUGGACUCAACAAAUAAGUCCAAGGUCGCGGAAGCUGCGACCCAGGACGACGUAACUACCCGAAUAUUACGAUAUCUCUCCACGGCUUCGAACGAGGCACUUAUCUGGAUCGCCCUCGCCUUGGCAUUCAGCACAUAUAUACUACUGGGACGACUGGGACUCAUUCUACUAGGAGCUCUAGGCGGCAUCGUUCUACAUGCAACAUGGAUGGGUCAGAGUGUUUUGGCUGCACCAGACUGUCUAGUCAAAGCUAAUGAAGUCGACGAGGACGAGUUUGCCGAGGAUAGCUUAAUAUUACGGGCCAGCUUCGAGGGAUUUCGACCUAAAACUACUAUUGCCUUGAACGAGUUGGUUGAUGCCAUUGUUCGAGAUUAUGUCAAAUAUUGGUACAAUCCUAUACUCCCGAGCGAUCAAACCUUCCCCAAUACUUCGAGAUUGACCCUUACGAGAUUCGUUCUAUCGAUGUCUCAGCAUUUAUCGAGAAAGCGACCUGCCGACACUUUCCUUGAUUUCCUUACCAAUUCCUCGUCCAUCGUCAUUGUCUUUCUCAAUGAGUUGGCAAGCGCAACGUCCGCGAGUCUGGGAACGAACAGGCCUGCCGGAGAGAUGGUAACUACUUAUUUGACUGCAAAUCCAAACGGCAAUCUGGCGAAUAUCAUGAACGAAGAACAACAGAUGAAGAAAUUUAAAAUGGCAGCGGAUGAUAUUUUACAAAGCUUCCUCGAAAAGUCUACUUAUGAAUGCGGGCCAGCCAGGAUAUUUUUGAGGGAGAUAUUAGCCGGUGUCGUCUUGGAGAUGACAUUGAAAAGUUGUUCCAAGCCGGAGUGGAUCAACGGAUGGAUUGUAUACCUAUUGGAGGAUGGAGAACCUGGAUUGGGACAGGCAAUCGAUGAAGCCAUGGAUCGAAGAAACAUCCACGACCCAUUUUCGGAUAUUGACGGAAAUGUCGAAAACAUUAAUCUAACCAGAUCUUCAAAGAGAUCAGGGCAUCAAAGACGAUUAUCAGAUGAAGCAGCCACAAACGAAGCCAUGGCAGAGGCAAAUAGACUAAGCAUGUUGAUUGCUAAAGAGGACGCACAGAGACUUGCAGAAAUCGGUGACAUGGAGGACGAAGAGAGUAAAGUGCUUGGUGACGAAAAUACCAAAGAAAACACACAGCCGGAAUCGACCCUAUUAUCAUCGACAAGCGGCAUUCCGCCUUAUACCCCUAUUACAGAUUCGAGACCUUCCAUAUCCGGAUCUGAUACGAGUGGCAGAUCUCCUGUGCAUCCUGAUUCAAAACAAUCUUCGUCACCUACAACACCGCAAACUAUGACGUCCUUCACCAGCUUCGAUCAAAUUGUACCUGCCACCCCCGUCGCAUUGCAAUCGAAUGAGACCUCUCCUCAACGAAGGAAGACAGUUUCUUUGACCCUACAUAAAGCAAACAUCAUUAUGUACGACGACUCUAUCGCUUCCGAUAAAGGAAGGAUCAAGAGCAAGCCUACGAUGGAUUAUAUGGUUCAAAUUGAACCAGAGUCAUCAAUGCAUCCUGGAUGGAUGAUUGUCCGAAGAUAUACGGAUUUUGAAACAUUGCAUGAAGUUCUCGGACGAAUUGCUAAAGUUUCAGGUGCUACGGAUUUCAUGGAGCAACAUCAAGAUUUGCCAAACUGGAAGGCCCGCACCAAACCAUCUUUACGUGGUGAGUUAGAGCAAUAUUUGAAAGACGCUCUUAUCCACCAGCCACUUGCUGAAAGCGAGGGCAUGAAACGUUUCUUGGAGAAAGACCUGGGAACUAUGCCAGCGCCAGUUGCGAAAGCUGGCUUUAGCUGGCCUGCAUCUUCCCUCGAAAAUAUGGGAAAGGGGGUAAUUGAUACACUUAGGAGUGCACCAAAGGGGGCAGCCGCUGGUGUUACGGGUGUUUUCAGCAACAUCGGAUCACUUGGACAAAAGCGAUCCAGUCAAAGCAGCUUGCAAUCCCAAAAUCGGUUUUCAACACCGGCACUGUCAAGAGUUGACAGUUUGAAUUCAUCGAAUGGAUCUUUCUUUGAAUCGAGGAGAGGAAGGUUGAGCGAGGAGAGCUUGAAAGCAGCUUCCGUUGUUUCACACCCCGGAAAGACUGUAUCUCUCGGAAGAAAACUAAGUCGUGGAUCUGUUCCAGAGUCCAUAGAAGAGUCUGGUAUAAGAACCAGAGGAUCUUCUGUGAGUAGUCAUAUCAGCGCAGCAUACAGCCCAUCGCACAGUCGGGAGCCUAGCCAAGCUCCAUCGACAAAGGGCACACCACUUUCAUCGCCAACGAUGAGAGAUGAGGAAGAAAUAAGACUACCACCACCUCCUACUGAGAUGCCUGAUGAUUACAUCUCCCCAGUCGACAGGUCGUCAUACCAAGCUCUGGCGGAUAAUGGUGGUACCCCACGAUCAUCAAUGAGCACAACUACCUCUUCCCAAUCCGCGCAACAACCCUCCGACGAGAAACAACCUUCGGAGGUAGCAGCCCCAGAACUUCCAAUAGUUUCGGAAGUUCCAGCAGCCCCAUUUGUUCCAGAAACUCCAAAAUCUACGAUUGUCUCAGAAGCUUCGGCAGUUCAGCCUCUUACCAAAAAGCCGAAGAAAGCAGCGGCGCCACUAAGUGAGGAAGAAACCAAAGUAGCGGUCGAACUCCUCUUCGCUGUCAUAACAGAGCUCUACACCUUAUCUUCCGCUUGGAACAUCCGACGGACCCUCCUCACUGCCGCGAAAACAUUUCUUCUUCGCCCAGGCAACCCUUCUCUAUCUUCUAUUCAAACACUCAUGCAAGACUCUGUCAUUUCAUCAUAUACUUCCGAUGCGGGAAUCGCUUCUUCUCUAUGUAAAUUGAGAGAAAACGCCUUGCCCACUGAAGCUGAGUUGAAGACAUGGCCUGCGGAAUUGAGUGCAGAUGAUAAGGAGAAGUUGAGAAUUAAAGCGAGAAAAUUGUUGGUAGAGAGAGGUAUGCCGACUGCUUUGACAGGUGUUAUGGGACAAGCUGCUACGGGAGAGGCGUUGGGAAAGGUGUUUGACUGUUUACAGUGUGAGGAUGUGGCUAGGGGUUUAAUUUUUGGAUUGUUAUUGCAAAGCGUUAAGGCUAUUACGCACUAG